CGUCUCUGUGUUGUUUACUUGCAAACAUCCGUGUUCACGCAUCUUGUCAAGAAAUCGUGCUGGUUGCUGCUCAAAUAUAUCACAGUGUCACUUCUUUAAGUCACAGCUUGGACUUGUUGCUUCCGACCUUAAAUAUGUCGUCUGUGGAAGUUCGUGCUGUGCAGCUCCCAGCCGCAGAGAACCCAGUGAAGAUGGUGAAAGCCACUGCAGGUCUGAGGAGGGCUGCUCUCGGAGAGAUCACCAACUUUAAUGGAGCUGCAGUCAACACAAAGUUUCCUCAGAGGACCGGACCAGCCAAAGCUUCAGCCAAAGCCUCAGUGAAACCAUCUAGUGCCCCUAAAGCUGUGAUGAAAGCAUUCGUUGAGGCCCCAGCACCUGCAGAUCCUCUCCCCACAGUUUCAGAGGAGUCUGCUGAUGUGUCCAUGAAGGAGGAGGAGGAACUAUGCCAGGCUUUCUCUGAGGCGCUGCUCACUGUGCAGGACGUCGACGAGCAGGACUCAGACCUGCCGCAGCUCUGCUCAGAAUAUGUUAAAGAUAUCUAUAAUUAUCUACAUGUCUUGGAGGUGCAGCAGGCUGUACGAGCAAACUACAUGCAGGGUUAUGAAAUCACUGAACGCAUGAGAGCGCUGCUGGUCGACUGGCUGGUCCAGGUCCACUCCAGGUUCCAGCUGCUGCAGGAGACUCUGUACCUCACAGUUGCCGUCCUGGAUCGUUUUCUGCAGGUCCAACCGGUCUCUCGCAGAAAGCUGCAGCUUGUUGGCGUGACUGCCAUGCUGGUGGCCUGUAAAUAUGAAGAGAUGUACGCCCCAGAGGUGGGAGACUUUGCCUACAUCACAGACAACGCGUUUACCAGGCCUCAGAUUCUGGAGAUGGAGCAGCUGGUUUUGAGGACUCUCAACUUUGAGCUGGGACGUCCUCUUCCAUUACACUUCCUCAGACGGGCUUCCAAGGUGGCUGAUUCUGAUGUAGAGAGACACACGCUGGCCAAGUAUCUGAUGGAGUUGACCCUCCUGGACUACGACAUGGUGCACUAUCGCCCCUCUGAGAUUGCUGCUGCAUCACUCGCUCUGUCCCAGCUGCUGCUUGACGGGCUGCCGUGGUCUUCUACACAGCAGCACUACUCCACUUAUGACGCCGUCCACCUGAAGCCAAUCAUGCAGCACAUCGCCAAAAACGUUGUGAUGGUAAAUGAGGGGAAGACUAAGUUCCAGGCCGUCAAGAACAAGUACUCGAGCAGCAAACUGAUGAAGAUCGGCCUCAUCCCUCAGCUGAAGUCGUCCAUCAUUAAGAACAUGGCGGCUGCGCUGCUGGACAAGCCUUGAGGCGAACUUUUACAUCUCAUCAUUGGACAUUUCACUUGCAGCACUUUAUUUUAGAUUGAUCACAAUCUGUGGAGAAACUUGUAGAUUUUUAAUAAAAUGUUUUUAAAUUUUUCAUCACAGCUUUGUGAUUUGUUCAAACAUUUGGCCACUUUUUCAUCGCUUUUAAAUCUUAGUGCUACGCCAAAUUCUAGUUUUAAGCCACUGUUGGACAUUUAGCAGCCUUCCUGAGCUGCCUGUGUGUUGUGUUUUUAUAAAUGCAUUCCUGUUUUUAAACUAGUUUCCAACAGUAGUCUUGCUAAGUGACAAACUUUCUGGACACUACAAUAUUUUACUGUGGGAGUGGACAUUUUAUUUGAAACCUUGUUUUGGACUGGACUUGGAUAAAUCUGUGAAACUUUAUACUAGA